AUGUCCGCCCAGAAUUCCAGGUUCACCGGGCCCGGAACCCCCAAACCUGUAGUCAUCAUCACACCUUUACGGGAAUCCCACGUCCGAGCUGCACUCAUUUGCUCCCGAAAGUAUAACAUCCAGCUCAGGACCCGAAGCGGUGGCCACGAUUACGAGGGCGUUUCCUUUGUUUCCAGCCUCCCCUUUGCCAUUCUGGACUUGAUCAAGUUCCGGUCGAUCGAGGUUAACGUUGGGGAGAAGUCGGCGUGGGUCCAAACCGGAGCCACGCUAGGUGAACUCUAUUAUAGCAUUGCUAAUAAGAGCGACACUUUAGCUUUUCCGGCGGGUAUUUGUCCCACGGUGGGCACGGGUGGCCACAUCAGCGGCGGCGGGUACGGGAUGUUGUUGCGAAAAUAUGGGUUGGCGGCGGACCACGUGAUUGACGCCCGAAUCAUGGAUGUUAACGGGAGAAUUCUGGACCGGAAAUCCAUGGGGGAGGAUCUCUUCUGGGCUAUCAGGGGCGGCGGCGGCGCUAGCUUCGGCAUCAUACUCGCCUGGAAACUGGAACUGGUUCCCGUGCCUGAAACCGUCACGGUAUUCAAUAUUUCCAAAACCCUGGAACAAAACUUAACAAACCUAUUGUAUAAAUGGCAGUUUUUCGCCAACAAGGCCGACAGAAACCUCUACCUCAGAGUCGUCCUACAAAACACCAACACUACUGGGGAGAGAACAGUAGAGGGUUUGUUCAAUGCACAAUACCUCGGAAGAUCCGAAGCCUUGCUAGCCAUGAUGCAGAAAGGAUUUCCAGAAUUGGGCGUCACCAAAUCCGACUUAACCGAGAUGAGUUGGAUCAACACCGUAACCUAUCACUACCCCGUCGACAGCCUACUCAACCGCUCCUUCAAUCUCAAACAACGGAGCUUCAAGAUCAAGUCCGACUAUGCCAAACGCCCCUUUACCCCCCAAAUUUUCCAAGGAAUGUUGGAACUGUUUAAAGAAGAAGACAUCAACGGGCCGAAUAUGCAGCUUGUUCCCUAUGGAGGGAUAAUGGAUGAGAUUUCGCCCUCAGAAACGCCUUAUCCACACAGGGCAGGUAACCUAUUUUUCCUCGGAUACGCCACUGGAUGGGACGAAGUCGGCCAAGUCGCGGCUCAGAAGCAUCUCUCGUGGAUUCGCAAGCUUUACGCUUACUUGACUCCCUAUGUUUCCAACAAUCCCAGAGAAUCCUACUCCAAUUACAGGGAUUUUGACCUGGGACAAAACAAUUUGGUCGGGACAACCAGCCUGGAUCAGGCAAGUUCUUGGGGUUAUAAAUAUUUCAUGAAUAACUUCUAUAGGCUUGCCAAAGUGAAGGCUUUGGUGGAUCCAGAUAACUUCUUCAGGAAUGAACAGAGCAUUAUUCCACUUUCAUAUCCACUUUGA